AUGCGCUUCUCAUUCGCUUUCCUCUUCUUCCUCCUUGGCCUCACCCUCGCCGUACCCAUGGCAAGCCCGGCCAACAACAAGGCUACGACCAAGGCACCCGCCGCCAAGCCCGCUGCUAAGCCAGCCACUGCCAAGGAGUCCUCUGAUAAGAAGAAGCUCGUCAAGGGCAUCAACGACAACAUCAACGCCGGCAAGAAGGAAAUCAAGGCCACUGAGAAGGCUCAGAAUGAUGUCAAGAAGAACGAUGCCAAGGGCCUGAAGAAGGACGAGAAGGGUAUCAAGAGCGCCCUCGACGAGGCCACCAAGGACCGUCAGAAGAACCAGAAGAUCGCCGGCAACAAGGACCCCGCUCUGACCAAGGGACUUGGCAAGGUUGAGAACGCGCAGAAGGGUGCGAAGCAGACCGUCAACGGGCUGACUGGCAACCCGAAGAAGGAUGGACCCGCGCUGGAUAAGCUCGACAAGACCUUCAAGAAGGGAAAGAAGACCAACCAGGAUAAUCUCAAGGAGGCCAAGAAGAACUUCAACUAA